AUGGGCUCUCCUAAGUCUCCCCCCCCUCAACAUGCCGUCAUCGAGCUCGACGAUUUUGGAACUUUCUCGUCUCCUUCACAGAGACUGUCGCACUGGGAAGCUGCCGAACCUCUGCUGUCCCAGUCGAACAGUCCUGCUGCCGGGUCGCUGCUCAGGACGACAGCAACCAUGCCCAGAUUUCCGAAAUCCGCGGCCGCACGCCUGCUCUCGAGGCUGCAGACGGAAUCGGAGCCUGGCCUCACAAACGCCCAGUUGAUGCUCAUCAAUCAUGACCUGAAUCCCGUCGAGCCACAACGACGCCAGUGGACGGCUUGGAGCUUUAUCGCCUUCUGGAUUUCCGACUCGUUCAACAUCAACACCUGGAUGAUUGCUUCAACCACGCUUUCCUACGGCCUCGCAUGGUGGCAUGCAUUGAUCUGUAUUUUGAUCGGGUACUCCAUCUCCGCCAUGUUCGUCUGCUCGACCGGACGAAUUGGAGCCGUGUACCACAUCUCCUUUCCUGUUGUCUCCCGUGCAUCAUUCGGCAUCUGGGGGGCACUGUGGCCUGUCUUCAAUCGAGCAGCGAUGGCCUGCAUUUGGUACGGCGUGCAGGCUUGGAUCGGUGGUCAGUGCAUCACUCUGAUGAUUCGAUCCAUCUCGCCCUCUUUCUACACGCUUCACAACGGCAUCCCUAACUCGGGUACCAACACAAGAGACUUUGUGGGCUUUUUCAUCUUCUGGGUUGCGUCUCUUCCCGCCCUCUGGUUUCCCGUCCACAAGAUCCGCUAUCUUUUCAUGGUCAAGUCUUGCUUCGUCCCGUUCGCGGCGCUCGCGCUUUUUGGCUGGGCAAUUGGCCGUGCACAUGGCAUCGGCCCGAUCGUGAAAGAGCCGGCGACGGCCUCAGGUUCUCCGCUUGCCUGA